AUGUUCAACAAUGCUGCUCCCUCACCAAUCGGCAUUGAUCCUCUACAGAGUGUUGCCAAAGAACUCAAAUUCUUGACUGGAAACAUUCAACAGCUGCUCGGCUCUGGCCACCCCAUGCUGGAUACUGUCGCAAAGUACUACACCCAAUCCGAGGGCAAAUAUGUCCGUCCUAUGCUGGUCUUGCUCAUGUCGCAAGCUACCGCUUUGACUGUCAAGCACGAGCGAUCAACUCCUCAGGCUGUCGACGUCGACUCGUCCAUGUCGCCCUCCACCGUUCUCUCCGACUCGAAUCCCUCGCCCCUGACCUCUCCCCCUGUUGUCGAGGACCUUGCCGACACCUCCGUCCUUCCCUCACAGCGCCGUCUUGCCGAAAUCACCGAACUUAUUCACACUGCCUCUCUGCUCCACGACGAUGUCAUUGACAACUCAAUCUCUCGCCGCUCCGCUCCCUCGGCCAACAUUCAGUUCGGCAACAAGAUGGCUGUUCUGGCUGGCGAUUUCAUGCUUGGUCGCGCCUCUGUUGCACUCGCACGCCUGAGAGAUCCCGAAGUUACUGAGCUGCUCGCUACCGUUAUCGCAAACUUGAUCGAGGGUGAAUUCAUGCAGUUGAAAAACACUGCUUCGGAUGAGAAACACCCUACAUACAGUCAAGAGACCAUGGAGUACUACUUGCAAAAGACAUACUUGAAGUCCGCUUCGCUUAUCAGCAAGUCGACAAGGGCCGCCGCCAUCCUGGGUAACUGCUCCCCGGAUGUAGUAGAAGCUGCUUACAGCUACGGAAAGAACCUUGGUCUUGCCUUCCAGCUUGUUGAUGACAUGCUGGAUUACACUGUCAGUGGAGCCGAGCUCGGCAAGCCUGCUGGUGCUGACUUGGAACUGGGUUUGGCUACCGCUCCUCUGCUGUUCGCCUGGAAAGACAACAAGGAACUCGGUACGCUUGUUGGCAGGCGAUUCGCUGAGGAGGGUGAUGUGAAGAGGGCACACGACCUUGUCAUUCAGAGCAACGGCAUUGAACAGACUCGCGCCAUGGCUGAAGACUAUAUCAACAAGGCUCGCGAAGCCAUUGCUUUCUUCCCAGAGAGUCAGGCCAAGGCCGGCCUCUUGGACAUGUGUACAAAAGUUUUGCAGAGGAGAAAGUAG